AUGGACGAGGUUUUCCUGACCGAUACCAUCAAUUUUUCAUUCUGGCCAGAUGAGGGUGAUAAGUAUGACGUGACGUACAAGGGCACGAAGUAUACUGGUUAUUUUGCGGGUUGCGCUGCAGUUAAUAAGGCUCUUGACGCCGGAGCAAAAUUAACGGAUGCAGAAUGGAUGUCGAAAGCCACUAGGGAACAGUUGGAUGAAAUAUUCAAGUCUGAUGGCGGAUAUUCUAUUCCCUUGCUCGACGAACGCCUAAAAGCCAUCAAUGACGCAGGGAAAGUUUUACUUGAGAAGUGGAAUGGAUCAUUCUAUAAUUGCAUCCUUGCGGCUAAUAGAAGUGCCGAAAAGCUUUUGAACAUCAUUAUCGAGAACUUUGAGUCUUUUAGAGAUUUUGCAGAAUUUCAAGGACAAAAAGUUGCGUUCCUGAAAAGGGCACAAAUUCUCGUAGCAGAUAUCUAUGAAGCACUCAAGGAUGAUGAUCCUGCUUGUAACUUUGCGGAUAUUGGAACGAUCACGAUUUUUGCGGACUAUCGGGUGCCACAGGCUUUAGCUUACUUGGGAGUCCUGGAAUAUUCAAAUGAACUUUUCGAAAUUCUGUCAAAAAAGCAGCGGCUAGAAAGUGGAAGCCCAGUAGAAGUCGAGCUGAGAGGCGCAACGAUUUGGGCAUGCGAGGUAAAUUUUCUCCAUUGA